GACCUGCUGCGGGGGGUGGGGGGACCUCGGCCCUGGGCUGGGAUGAGCCGCUGGAGGCUCCGGGCAGGUUGGGUGAAGGUCGCUCAGUGGCUGAAUCCCACUUUCUAAUUCUUUCUGUUUUUCUUCCCAUCUCAGAUACAGAAACUGGAAGCCAUUUGUGGUCUUUGCAAGGAAAACUUUUCUCUUGGGGGAGAAAAAAAGAGCAGAAUCACCUGCAGGGAUCAGUCCUGCGGCCCUAGAAAUGGUCCCGUGAAAGGAAGAGGCAUCUGGAGACCCACCAGAGUCCUUGGAGCCAUUUGGAGUUGCUCUGCAGGACGGAGAAAGGAUGGAGGCACAACCUUUGGGAAAGGAGGGAGCCGGAAAAGGCCUUUCAGCUGCUCAGCCUCGGAAGGGGAGGAAGCUCUGGACAAGAACCAGGCAGAAGAUCCUGGAGGAGGAAACCAUCCUCCCUUCAGAAGUUCAGCCCUGGAACUUCAUCCAAUACCGGGAGGCGGAGGGUCCCCAAGGAAUUUGCAGCCGACUCCAUGAGUUUUGCAGGCGAUGGCUGAGACCAGAAAAGCACACCAAAGCCCAGAUGCUGGACCUGGUGGUUCUGGAGCAGCUCCUGGGUCUCCUGCCCCCAGAGAUGGAGGGCUGGGUGCUGGAGUGUGGAGCAGAGACCAGCUCCCAGGCGGUGGCCUUGGCUGAAGGCUUCCUCGAGAGCCAGGCAGAGGAGCAGAAGCAGCAGGUCCAGUUGCAGUGUUGCACUGUGGAGAUCAGAGAUCCUGAGGGAAGGAAGAACCCAUCAAAUCCCCCCCAGGAGCUAUUUUUCAGGAGGAUCCCUUGGGAAGAUCAAAGUCAGGACACCUCAGGAGGAGGAGAGAAGCGGGGAGGCCUCUCCAGCGGCCUCCUUCCCGGACCUGCUGCGGGGGGUGGGGGGACCUCGGCCCUGGGCUGGGAUGAGCCGCUGGAGGCUCCGGGCAGAUACAGAAACUGGAAGCCAUUUGUGGUCUUUGCAAGGAAAACUUUUCUCUUGGGGGAGAAAAAAAGAGCAGAAUCACCUGCAGGGAUCAGUCCUGCGGCCCUAGAAAUGGUCCCGUGA